UCGCAGUCGUGUGGUUCUCCCGCUGCCCCCCGCGGUGCGUGCUCUCUCCUUUUCGUGGCGACGACUGGGCGACAGCAGCUGCCGCCCCCAGCAAGUACUCAGGUCGUCGUCGUCGUCGGGCUCUUGGCCACCGACGAGCACCACUAGACUCGCAUUUAAACAUCCCUGGAGAUGCAUCCCCCACUAACCUUACACAGACAUCCUAUGUGUGCUGAGGUUAUCGAAGCAUUCCAGAAGUGCCAUGUGAACCACCCGGUUAAGAAGUUCUUUGGCGAGUGCACAGAUCUUAAGAUCAAGCUAGACCAGUGCUUCCGGCAGGAGAAAGCUUUGAAGAGGAAGGCAAACUUUGAGGAGAGCAAGAAAUUUAAAGAACGGUUACAGGCCUAUAAACGGGAAAUGGCUGAGGAAAACAGGGAACACUAACUUGGAAGAGUGGGUGGCGCCAUGAAUUUGAAUGUUCUUUUUCUUACAUUCCAGUAGCCUUGGUUGUGUGCACAUCUUUACUGUUCAAAGUGGUUGCUACUGAUGAGCUAGAGGCUCUAAUCAAUACAGUGAACUCUGGAGUUCUGAACUCAUUCCUGUGUUAGGCUACUUAUGUUGGUCGAUUCUCAAGGAGGAUUAACAACCUAAUGUUCUAUCAGUAACAAUGGAAGCUGUAUAUAGCAGAGUAGCAGACAAAGAACAAUGUUUGCACUAUGUUUUACUGAAUGAACUUAAGAUCGAAUUGAAGUCUUCUAGGCUUUUUAAUUUUAUA